GCGGGGAGCGCGCUCGCAGGCUCCGAGCGCUCGCUGCGGCCCCGCCGCGCCCGGCCCGCUCCGCAGCGCCCCGCGCCGGGCAUGUGAGCGCGGGCGGCCCCGCCAGCAUGGCCUCGCCGCGCGCCGCGCGCUGGCCGCCGCCGCUCCCGCCGCUCCCGCUGCUGCUGCUGCUGCUGCUGCUGCUGCUGCUGCCGCCGCCGCCCGCCAGCCCCGGCCCCAGCCACGCGCCCCGGCGCGGCCGCUCCGGCCGGCUCCCCCGAGGCGCGAGCGCGGCUGCUGUAAGGAACCACUGGCCAGAAAAUAGUACCGAGCCCCACACAGACAACAUCGCCUUUGAUCAGAAUCCAGAGGACUUUCAAACAGUGGGUUCAAAAGAGGGUACUUCGAUUCAGACCUCCAAAAUGAGCCACACUUCUUCGGAAGCUCCAGAAGACGUUACUCUCCUAAUUGAAAAAGCAAGUGCUGAAGGGAGGAAGGAGCCUUCCAGGAGAACAGAUUCCACUCUUUCCCCUACCGAGCACUCACCUGAGAGCGCGAGAGUGCUGACUUCCCAGGGCAGCAUCUUCUCCUUAGAAAGUCUUCACUUGCCAUCCAGCAGUUCUGAGUCAGAAGGAAGAACUGCCUCUCCUCACGUGGAGAGCAGAACAGUCCCGGGCGUCCUGCAGCGGGCGGAGGAUCCCCCAGGAGCAGUGACGGUGCACACUCAGGUGUCGGGCACUUCAGCUCUGAGUCAGACCCCACUUCCAGCUUUGGAGCCAGGAGAACCAGCCAUGCUCUCUGUGAGAAGAGAUUCCUCAGGACCACAGCUCUCUUCGUUUCAUUUCUCCAGGACACCAGUUUAUCCUUCUUCAGAUUAUUCUUCGUCUCCUGGAAGUAUAAAGGAACUUACCUCCAGUAUUUUCCAAAACCCAUCAGUCAGCCAGACCAAGAGUAUGCACGUUUCCACUACAUUCACAAAUGGUGCCCAAAGGGAGCUUCAGCUUUUGACUGUUAGUCAGGGACCUAUAAACAAGACAGUGGGUUUUCCUGAGGACUCCAAAAUCACCACAACUUCAGCCGCAGUCCACUCUUCACCCUCCACAGGAGAACUGCGAAGAAAUGGCACAAGCAAGAAUCCAGCAGAUGAAUUAAUUGAGCAAUCCACAGAAAAUGAAUUUGAUCUUACAUCUUUACAUAAGCAAAAUGAUUCCCCAACUUUUGGAAGCCAUCUGCUUACAAGCACCCUAGAAGCAGGAAAUAAAAGCUCCACCCAUCUCAAGGAGACUGUGUCUAAGUCAGUCCCGUCCAUCGGAGGUGGACAGAGCACACCACACUGGCUCUUGACCAACAGUAAGACACCUGCAGAUGUGACAGGAAGUUCUGCUUCACGUGGUGAAGUUCUGACCCAAUUUUCAGACUCUGCACAACAGUCCACAGGAAGGAAGACUGCAGUGGAUGAGAAAAGUUACUCAGAGUCUUUGUCUCCAUCUUUCUCACAAAGCCUGGAGUCCUUAGCACAACGUGGAGAACAUUCAACCCCAGCCCGGGAACGCAGUACAGCGCCUGGCGUCUCUUCCGCCGGUGAGGAGAGCACUUCCGGGGCGCAACCCCGCGACGUGCACACGUCGGCCACGCUCGCCGGAAGUGGGGAGCGCACGCUGCGCUCUCUCAGCCUCACGGAUGCAGCGACGUCUGCGGAGGCCGGAAGCUCCGGAGUAGCGGCCAGCGAAGCCGAGAGCAGUGCUCAGCGCAGCAACGCGACAGAUGACGUGGGCCUGCUCGCACAGUCAACAGCUGCCUUCCCAGCGCUUGGAGUUACGGGACUUAGUGGUCAAGUGAGUGGCACAGACGCUGAACAAAGGACUUCCAGUGACCAUAGAGACCACACCUAUGUUUCAUCUACUUUCACCAAAGGAGAACGGGCAUUACUGUCCAUUACAGAUAAUAUUUCAUCUCCAGAUAUCAAUGAGAGCUCAACUUCUUAUAUUAAAAUCCCAAACUCUUCAUCUUCAGACUAUUCUUCUUCUUCUCAUGUUCAGACUAAAAGAAGUAAUGUCUCAUCCUACGAUGGAAAAUAUAUUCAGCCUUCCACUGAGUCAUUGGUUCUGCACACAUCCAGCUUUCCAUCCUACACAUCCACCAUUAAAGUGCCAAACAUUUUUGUUCCUCUGGAUGCCAAUACUGGAUCUGUUGAUGACUCAUCUUCAGGGUCCCCUUUGCCUCCACCAGAAGUAUCACAGUCCUUCCAGGUCUCAUCAAGUUUACCAUUAACCAGGACCUCCACACAUCAGCUCAAGUCUACCUCUGAGGUGUCCACAACUUUAUCUUCCUCACUUUUAUCAGUAUCCUCAAUGGCAUCUAUCCCACUUUCAGUCUCACAAGCAACCUUACCACAUUCGUCUUAUGCACCCAUCCUGUCCAGGACAAGGGAGACACCUGUGACAUCAGUUCAGACCUUGACAAUUGCAUCAUCCAUAGCAAUGAGUCAGAGUAAUCAAACAGCAGAUCCCAACAACCAGAGCAUGCCACACCAAGGGAAAACUACUACAGAAGCAAAGUCAUCAGUCCUGGUAUCUCUGCCCACAGAGUUCACCGAAUCUGUAACGAAGAGCACUCUUACAGAGGUCCCUGUGACCUCAGCCUUAACAGAAUCCUCCACUGAGCCAGCCCUUACAGCCAUGAGCACCAGCUUAGCCCGUGUGUCUCCAACACUGACAAUUCCCAGUUUUAAGACCUCUCACCCUCCUGUGAUCAGUCCCAACACCUUGUCAAACACAGAACCUCUGAUCACUGGAACUGUGCUCACUACCUCUGGAAAACAGCACUUGCCAACCCAUCCUGAAAUUCUAGUGCCACAAAUCACAACAGAACGUGACAUUACCACAGAAAGGAACCAAGUGCAUGUAGAUGCUACAACCCAGUUGAUCGCGCUGACCAGCAUACCCACAUCAGGAAAAGAAUUGAGCACAAGGUUAGGGGUUACGGAAGAGUCCAGCCCUGCUUCGCCUUUCCUCAGAACAUCACCUUUCUCCAAAAGCACAGAUGUUUCUACUGCUGAAAUGUUGACUCCUCAAUCUACCACCCUCACUGCCCAGACUAACACACAGUCGCCAACGGCAUUGUCACCAGUUAACAGCUGUGCCGUGAACCCAUGUCUUCAUGACGGCAAAUGUAUUGUGGACCUCACCAGUCGUGGCUAUCGAUGUGUAUGUCCCCCUUCGUGGCAAGGAGACAACUGCAGUGUAGAUGUGAAUGAAUGCCUCUUGAAUCGCUGCCCACGUCAGGCCAUAUGUAAUAAUACUCAGGGAUCUUUUAUCUGUAGAUGCCCUGUUGGGUACCAUUUGGAAAAAGGGAUAUGCAAUUUGGUUAGAACCUUCGUGACAGAGUUUAAAUUAAAGAAACAGUUUCUUAAUACUACGCUGGAAAAAUAUUCAGAUGUACAUGAAGUUGAAAAUGAAAUUACCAAAAUGUUAAAUGUGUGUUUUUCCACAUUACCGGGUUAUAUCCAAUCCACGGCUCAUGUGUCUAGGGAGCCCAGUGUAUUUGUGACCUCCUUGCAAGCCACCUUUUCCCUGGCCUCCAGUGUGACACUCUUUGACCUGAAUGAUGGGAUUCAGAAAUUUGUCAAUUCCUGCAGGUCCUCUGCUGAGGUCUGCCAACUCUUGGGAUCCCAGGCACGGGUCUUUAGAGCGGGCAGCUUGUGUAAGCAGAAGAGCCCACAGUGUGACACAGAGACCUCCAUCUGUACUGACUUAGACGGGGUCGCCCUGUGCCAGUGCAAGUCGGGCUACUUUCAGUUCAAUAAGAUGGAUCACUCCUGCCGAGCUUGUGAAGACGGAUAUAGACUUGAAAAUGAAACCUGUAUGAGUUGCCCGUUUGGCCUUGGUGGUCUCAACUGUGGAAAUCCCUAUCAGCUUAUCACAGUGGUCAUCGCAGCAGCAGGAGGUGGGCUUCUCCUUAUCCUGGGCAUUGCACUAAUUGUCACCUGCUGCAGAAAGAAUAAAAAUGACAUAAGCAAGCUUAUCUUUAAAAGUGGAGAUUUCCAGAUGUCCCCAUAUGCCGAGUACCCCAAAAACCCUCGCUCCCAAGAGUGGGGUCGAGAAGCUAUUGAAAUGCAUGAAAACGGAAGCACCAAAAACCUCCUGCAGAUGACAGAUGUGUACUACUCGCCCACAAACGUAAGGAAUCCUGAACUUGAACGAAAUGGACUGUACCCAGCCUACACUGGACUACCUGGCUCCCGGCAUUCCUGCAUUUUCCCCGGACAGUAUAACCCAUCUUUCAUCAGUGAUGAGAGCAGGAGAAGAGACUACUUCUGAGAGCCAGCCAGAGAGGCCCCGUGCUCUGAGCCAGGUUCUAAGCCCCGCUGUGGCGCAGAAGAUUGCACCAGCCUGGGCACUGGGCACCGUCUGCUCCCAGGCCUGGUUGGAGCCAGGCAAGAGACAGCAAGAGAAAGACAAGCAUGAAAGCCAUGACUGCAGGGGAAGGGGCCAGAUGGAUGUGGACAGGCUGCUCGUUUGGCACCUUUCUUAUUACUGUGAACGUGGACGUGGGCCAGUACCAAGUGAGUCUCUGAGUGACUGUGACAUGGCACUGGCGCUAGGGAUGGCUGUUGGCCACAGCAGACCACUAAGUAUCAUUGCAAGGACCCAGCGUUCCCUUAGUUUGCACUUUAGUCCACUGGGCAUGCAGGAGUCCCUUUGGAUUUGUCUCAGCACUAUGCCCAAGAGAUACCGAGACACCUCCACAGACUGCAGUUGGUGAUUGGCGUGUGGCUGGACACCGGCUUUCGCUUCCCGGAACUGGGUGCUGGGCCGCAGUUGGGGUUGGACAUACCACUAUGUUUUGAAAAUGCUGCAGUUGAAUAUUCAGUAUUUUAACGCUUCUAAGUUGCCUUAUACUACAGUCUCCAAGCCAGCCCCCAAAACAAGGAGUGGACGUUUCUGAGGCACAGCACCUAACUCCCCUUGGCUUUUUAUAUCAGAGUGACACAUUUAUUUAUGAGUUUUUUCCUUCUACAGUUAAAUCUCGCUUUUUUGAGCAAACAGAUCAGGGCAAAACAACUUACAUUUGGUUUUAGAGACAUCCUACUGCCCCAGAGUGAGGCAGGACAGGCAGAGUUGGGAGCUGAACUGACAGGCAGUGGAUGUUUGUUAUCUGUGAGGGCAGCGCCUGUGGCCUGGGACUUCGACCACUGUCGUGGGAGCCAGAGGCUUCGAUGGAUAGAAGAGAUGAAAGCUGCAUCAUCCUGGGCCUGAGUUGGUGCUUUACACUAGAAGAAAAGCCUGCUAUGGUCUCCCAGGUGAAUAGGUCAGAGGAUUGGGUCAGAGGGCACAUGAGAUCUCUUGCAUUCCAAGCAUUGCAGGAGGCCAUAGGGAACUCCUGAGGGAAGGUGGAGCUGGGGUGCAGCCACCGGUGAGCAUGCUGACCUGCUGCUCUUUGUAUCCAGAAGCUCAUCCACAGACUCAGUGUCAGCUUUCAACCAAAGGUAUGUAUUCAACCAAGAAAUGGCUUAUUCUCUCCUACCCAGCCUUUGAUACCUGUUGGUGACUGUCCACCGCCCUCCGGGAUUACAGCUGGUUUCAAGUCUGCCUCGGAGGACUAAGGACGGUCCAGCAUGUGUAAGGGAAGGAGAUGCCAGUGCUGUCCUCACCAUGCCUGUGCCGUGGGUCCUGCGAGGGAGGCUUGUCCCGCACUGGAUGCCUUCUAACUGCUCCCUUGGACAUACGUUCACUUACCUCCUCGUGGAACAUCCUGGUCUUGGGUGAAGGGAAGGGAACACAGAGGUAAAAGAAUUGUCCCCACCCUGAAGCUGGGAGCUCAGUGGUACACAUUUCUGGAAGCAGCACAGCUGCUGGGGACAGUUCUGCCCUGGGCAUGGUGAUUUCUUCACAGUACUCCAUAAUCUCUUCAGAACGUACAGUCCUCCCCAUGACGUGUCAGGUAUGGACUCCUGUGCCCUGCAGCCCCACAACUUGCUGUCACCCACUAUGGCAGAGGCACUGGUCGGGUCCAGUGUGUUUCAGGAGUCCAGGUGCACUCAUCUCAUGAGUAUGUGAGGCCUUCUGUUGCUGUUGCUGUUGCUGUUGCUGUUGCUGUUGAUGGAGGUUAAAACCUCAGAGCAUCGCCGUUUUGAAACCUUGGGUGGUGUCUCUGUCUGUGGAGCCGAGGCUCUUUGCACUUUGCUGCCUUGCAUCUACCCAGAGAGCUUGGAGCUCCACACUGCGUUCUCCCAAGUGGCAGACUCGGACCCUGUGUGAGACAGCCUCCCUCCUGUCCUCAGCACUGCAUCCCCAGCUGUAAGAAGAGCUACCACCGCAGCUCCGCCACUUCUGCCUUUGGCGGAGACCACAGCUGGCAAACGAUCUCCUGUGUGAGGGCCAGAAGCCUUACACCCCGCAAUAUGCUCCACAAAAGCAUGCUUGGGAAAAAUGCUGACAUCUAAAAGUGUCCUGUGAGUUCCAGAAAUGUGUUUUCCUGGGUUUUGGCCCACUAGAGUGGAUUGAGAAUAAUGUUUCUUUUUCACUUUGAAAAACAAAGGUGCCAAGCAAGACAGGGUUCAUGGUAUCUACACUUUCUAGGAGAGGGUGGAUUGGGAAAGCAUCCUGAGGUCUGGACAAGGUGUGAGAGGAACAUGACUUACCCGUGGCUCACAGCCUGUCCCAGGAGAGGCAGGGAUCACUCCUGUUGGGGUUCUAGCUCCAGAAGGGCCUGCCUGGGCCAAGAGGAAACAGCUAUAGGGUGUUAGUAGCCCACAGACAAGCAAACAGGACAUCGGCCUCACACACUGGAACACAGCCGGGGCCGACUGCUGUGUCUACCUCCGCACCUGAAAUGUGUGAUUCGUGUGCGCUGAAAUACCAUGGUUCUGCUUUGGGACCCCACAGCUGGGCAGAAGUGACACUUAGCAUCCCACAAGCGCUUCAGUAGGGAAGAGCUUGGGCCAGGUGGGGUGUGUGUGUCUGGAGAAUGCUGGGGCAUGAAACCUGGAGAGGGAGGAGUCACCUGGCUUCCUGGUAUUGUCCUGGGCUUUAAGAGCAGGGAGACCUUGUUUCCAUCAUCUUUUCCUGUGUAAUGAUGAUGCAGCCCAUGGUACCAGGGUCUGUUUCUUUAGAAAGACAUUCCUACCACGACCAGGCUCCACGCACACCCUGGCCUCCUAGCCCCGCCUCCUAGCCCCCCUGCUAGUUAGCCGUGCAUGCCCAUUUCUUGGACGAAAAGACUUCCAAAGAGGAUAGAUAACUGGCCUUGUGAAGGCAGGAUCAAAUCUUGGUGUGCAUGACUUGCCCCGUCCCUCUUUCCACUCGUUUUCCCUGCCUCCCUUCCGGCAGAUACCUCGCCAUGCAAUAUAGUUUAAAUCUCACAGAGGGCAAGAGAGAAAGGACCUAUGACUUAAAUUAUUCUUAAAGACUUUUAAUAUUUUAAGCAGUAACAAAACUAGUGACAACAUACUAAACAUACCUUUUGAAAUGCCCAAAGGUGGUUUUAUGUGUUUCCCGGAUGCUUGUGGUCACUUUGAGAACAUGGUUACUGGUGUGUGCUCAUCAAGAAGCUUGUUGUAUGUGACUCGGGCAGGCGGAAGUGCAAGGUGCUCUCCUGGGUGGGGCUCAGAACUGCACACUCACGGAGGGCUGCCUGCCCCCUUCCACUGGGGAGGCUGUGGUUCCUGCACUGGGAAGCGUACUUUGCGAACCAUUAUCAGAUCUGGGAGCAUCUUCAGGGAGAUGUCUUCAGUACCGAUCUCCCUUCUUUGAAGGAAGGUGAUUUUCAGGAGUAGCUUGCUGAAUGGGUGGUGCUGUCAAGCUGGCUGUUAGCAUUUGAGGUUAAAAAGUAAAGGUGGCUUGAGUUAGGGAAGAGCUAGCUCAAGUGGGCCUAUGCAAGAGGCCUGAGUCUUUGGCCUAGGGACCAGAUGCUGUCUAAGGAUGUGUCCUUGAAGGACGGAAUCUAUUCCGAUGUAAAAGUUGCAGAAAGGCACGUUAGUGUCAUCGCUUGGCAUACGACUUUUGGUGCCCCACUUGGUGGAGGGCCUAGGGACCGUGGAACUGUGGAACUUUAGCUAGAAAAAUAGUGCUUUACUGUUGAGUAACUCAAAUAUACCCAAAACGAGGGUUUUGAUUCAUAGUUGUAAAAUAUAUUUGGAGCAGGGUGUCAUGGUGCAUGCCUGUAAUCCCGGCAGUUGGGAGGGUGAGGCAGGAGGAUUGCCACAAGUUCAAGGCCAGCCUGGACUACAAUAGUGAGUUCAGUGGCAGUGUGAACUAUUCAGCAAGACCCUGUCUCAAAAAAUAAAUAAAUAAAUAAAUAAAAUAUAUUUGGAUUUUAAAAUCACAGCACUUCUUUGGGAAGAGGAAGCAGAGUUCAGUAUUUUAGUAUUUUAUAUUUUAUUUAAAACUGCCCUUAAUAUAAGAGAUACUUUUCCUGUUUGAAAGCUUUCAUGGCAGUAAGAAUGGACAUUUUACUUCUUUCUUUGAUCAUGUAUCAUUCUGAGUGUUCUUAUGUACAUUUUAGAAACAGAAAUAUGGUUUUGUAGAGUUUUCUUUUGGGUAUUUUUUUUUUCUUUUUCAGAUCCCCAAAAGUGGUUAAAGUAGCAGGCACAUUAAAUUAUUAAAUGUCAGUUAAUUUGUUGAUCUAAAGCAUCUCAGUACCACUAUACUUCUUCCUGUCUGAUGUGAACUGUAGCUCACAGAAAAGCCCAUGAAACCAAAAGGGACCCUUUAGAUCUAAAAGGAGAAAGAUCCUGGCCUGCAUCUGUCCCAUGAGCAUUUUUAAAGAAGAUAUUUCAAAAGAGUCUCUUGUUAGAUUUUAGGGUUAUAAUUUUUUAUCAUGUGUUUAAUGCAUAUUAGUGCAGACUUCUUCGGUAGGAGGGAUGAGGCAGCACAGACAGUGUUGGAAUCUGUGUCUGAAAAAGAUCCACCACACUUACCUUUCUGUGUUAUCUAAGCCUGUUCCAAAAAGAAAGUGGUUAUUUCAUCAUGAAUUGCUGUGAGUUUUGUUAAUGUCUACAUUGCCAGAUGUAUGGUUAAAUGUAACAUACAGCUGGAGUGUGAACUCUGAAUUUUCAUGUUGUCCUGAAUUUCUCUUUAUAGACCAUAGCCCUUGGUUGAUUGUGUUAAAUCCAUUAUGAGAAUGUUAUUUAAAGUUGUAUUAUAAUUCCAGCCUCCACUAAUUAUUCAAUAUUGUAGCAGCAAAGUAUUAUUUGUAAGAAUUUGGUUAUUUUUAUACAUAUAUUCACUCAAUCUGGCGUUCUAGUCAGUAAAAUGAUGCAAUAAAAUGAGUAUCAUUUUC